UUCAGCUUCAGCGCCAAAACGUAACCAUGUAUUGUGCUAUGAUAAUUCUGAGUACAGCACUGCUGAUUCAGUCUCAGGAGGAACCUCGAUUGAUCUUUGUGAAAUCAGCAGGACUUGGAGAUAAUGUUACCCUUCUUUGUGAAGCUAAAGACACGAAUAUUAAUUAUUUAUACUGGUACAAGCAAUCUCCUGGAUACUUUCCCCAAAUGGUUGCUUCGAGAUCGUAUGGAUCAAUUACAAUGAAGCCCCACUUUGAUUUAAGAUUCACAAUGGAAGAAGGUGCUUCUGACUUUAAUCUGAUCAUUCAAAACGUAACUAAAGGUGAUGAUGAAGCUAAUUAUUUCUGUCGACAAUACUCACUUGACUCCUGGAACAAUUGCACCUUUCUGUCUGUCAAAGAUCACAAUGACAACAGGUUUGUCUCCCAGACUGUGGUCCUACAGCCUGUGUCAGCAUCAAUUCAGCUGGGAGACCCUGUGGCUCUCCAGUGCUCUAUUACCUCCCAGAGGACGGACCACAGUAACCAGUGCCAAGGGGAACCCAGUGUGUACUGGUUCAGAUCAGGACCAUCUCACCCUGCUGCCAUUUACGUGAAUGGAAACAGGAGUGGUGAAUGUCAGAAUAGUUCUGGGCCUCCGUCUGCUCCACAGAGCUGUGUCUACACUCUCCCCAAGAACAAUAUAAACUCCUCUGAUGCUGGGACUUACUACUGUGCCCUGGCAGCAUGUGGGGAAGUUGUGUUUGGAAGUGGAACUACGCUGGACAUAACAGAUCCCAACCAUCAUCUGGUGAUCUUGGUACAUCGGAUGAUGUUGGCUUGCUGUCUACUUGUGAUUCUAAUCCUCAUUCUAAUCAUACAUUACAGGACAGGAAAACAGAUAUUUUGAGGUGUACAGCGUUGGGGUUCACUGGCAGAAAAACCAAAGAUGGGAAGAAGAACAGUGAAAGGACUCAGGAGAGUCUGCAUUCUGCUGUGAGAUAAACCUGCCAGUGAUGUCUAUCAACCUGGGAGUUUGUGUGACCUCAUGAGGCUGAAGGAGAUGUUAAUGGUGGAAUUAUUGGAGGAAUUGCAUAUUGUCUGGAGCAGUUGUAUAUUGUUUCAAAUGUUUAUUAAUGUCGCUUUGUUUGGAUCAUUAACAUUGAAUUGCUCACCAUUUCUGAUGCUGUCUUUGGUCCAGCCUAUCUUGAUGUGCAGCCGUACUUAGCCAUUCAUAUCUUUUUUUUUACAAUAUACAUUUAUUGAUGCCUAAAAGGUAUAUUUUCAUAAAAUAAAAUAAAUAAGAA